UAACACAUAGGUUUAAUUUCGUCGCUAAGAACACAUCGCACAUCUCUCACAGCCUCUCUGCCUGUUAUAACCAGCUGGCGUCUCCAUCGCUUUCAGAGACUCUCCAGUGAAAACAGACCGAGCGUGUCGCCCUUCUUCUUCUUCUUCCUGGAGCGAUGGGAGAGGCCGAGACGCGUCAGAAAUUGCUGCGCAAUGUGAAGAAAGAGGUGAAACAAAUUAUGGAGGAGGCGGUAACGAGGAAAUUUGUGCACGCAGACAGCAGCCACAUCAUAUCCUUCUGCGCUGUAGUGGAGGCCUGCAUGCUUCAUGGACUGAAGCGACGUAUUGCAGGCCUGCUGUGCAGCAACAAGGUUGCAGCACUCUUUAUGAAGGCGGCAAAAAGCUUUUCACCUGCUGAGGAACUCUGCCACAAGGUCCAGGAGCUGGAACAGAUCAUCGAAAUCAGCAAGCAGAACAAUUCUUCGCUGAGUAAUGACCGCAGUCGGCAAGCCAAGUUGGCCAACCUUGCUCCUCAGGCACUUAGGCACCUGUGGAUCCGAACUGCACUGAUGGAGAAGCUCCUGGACAAGAUUGUUAUGUACUUGGUGGAGAACAGCAGUGCCUACUAUGAGAAAGAAGCCAUGCUGAUUGAUCCCACGGAUGGGCCAAUUCUUGCAUCUCUAUUGGUUGGCCCUUGUGCUUUGGAGUACACCAAAGUAAAGACUGCAGACCAUUUCUGGACGGACCCGUCUGCUGACGAGCUCGUGCAGCGGCAUCGCAUCCACAGCGGCCACUGUCGGCAGGAUUCGCCCUCCAGACGGCCUGCCCUGAUCCAGAAGAGACAGUCCAGUGGUAGCAUGGACGAUCGCCCUCUCAUGUGGGUGAGAGACUAUGUUGAAUCACUUCACCAAAACUCCAGAGCCACGCUUCUGUUUGGAAAGAACAAUGUCCUGGUGCAGCCGAGAGACGACAUGGAGGCCAUCCCAGGCUACCUUUCUCUACAUCAAACUGCCGACCUCAUGACAUUGAAAUGGACGCCCAAUCAGCUGAUGAACGGCAAUGUGGGGGAGCUAGAUUCCGAGAAAAGUGUUUAUUGGGAUUACGCCAUGACAAUUCGCUUGGAGGAGAUUGUGUAUCUCCACUGUCAUCAGCAAGUGAACAGUGGUGGGACGGUAGUUUUGGUGAGCCAGGAUGGGAUCCAGAGACCUCCUCUACAUUUCCCCAAAGGAGGCCACCUCCUCCAGUUCCUGACGUGCCUGGAGACGGGCCUGCUACCUCACGGACAGCUGGACCCGCCGCUCUGGAAUCAGAGAGGAAAGGGAAAGGUUUUCCCCAAACUGCGAAACAGGAGUCCACACGGCUCAUGUGAUUCUGUGUCCGAUAAGGAAGAUGAUGAAGCAACCGAUUAUGUGUUUCGGAUCCUCUUUCCUGGCAAUCAGAUGGAGUUCAUGGCCCUGGAGCUGAUGGACCAGGGCGUGACCAUGUGGCAACCGACGCCCAGGAAGUCCUCGUGCUCCUCCUGCUCACAGAAUGGCUCCUCUGACGGCUCUCUGCCUAAUGGCUGUAACCAGGAAAGGGCUCCCUUAAAGCUCCUUUGCGACACCAUGAAGUACCAGAUAAUCUCCCGUGCUUUCUAUGGAUGGCUUGCAUACUGCCGUCAUCUAUCCACAGUUCGUACACACCUCUCUGCUCUGGUCAACACCACUAUAGUGGACCAUGGUGUGCCAUGUAAUGCCCGAGGAGGCCUCUCUGUGGAGGUCUGGAGCAGGUUCCUCAAGGACAGCUCUGCAUAUAAGGAAGAGGAGAUACACAGGCUUGUGUAUUACGGUGGUGUGGCUCCUUCACUACGCAAAGAGGUCUGGCCCUUCCUGUUGGGACACUACCAGUUCACCAUGUCAGAGAAAUGCAGACUGGAGAUUGACGAGCAGAUGCGGACCAUGUAUGAGCAGACUAUGAAGGAGUGGCAGGGCUGUGAGGCCAUUGUCCGUCAGAGGGAGGGAGAGAAACACGCCGAGGCCAUCGCCAGAUGUUCGUCUGGAGCCAGUGUGGAGAGAGGACCGGUGCAGCGGGACUCCACCAUCAGCACAGAUUCGUCUCUAAGUAGCAGCUCAGAUCAGCAGAAUGCCCCCUCACAAAGUGAUUCCAGCAGCAGCGCGCAGGUAUUUGGAUCGGUUGAAGCAGUGGAUCAGAUUGAGACUGAGCCCAGAGCUGGGGAAGGAGAAGUAAAGCACGGCAGCCCACUGAAGGACAUCACGAGUGGGACAGCAGACGCCCCAGAACUUCCCUACAGCAUCCCUUCCUCCCCAGGCCUGUCAGAUCAACGUCCAGGUUCCAAAAACAGCCCUCUUGUAACAGAGUCAGCUGUUGGAUCUGCAACCUCUCAGCAGUCAGAGGAAGCAUCAGAAAUCUUUCAUGAGAAAACUACAACUGGAUCACAGCCAGCAGGAGAAGUCCCAGUAGCCAAGGAUGAGGUUUCAACAGAGACAAAAACGGAGACAGUUUCAGAAGGUGAGAUGGUUAAGGACUGUGGAAUUGGUAAGACAUCUGAAUCAGAAGAAAAACCUGUAGCCGAAGAAAAAAACACAACAACAAAUGAGAAAACUGAAGACUUAAAAGCGGUAGACACAAAUAUGAAUUUAAGAAGUGCUCCAGAGAGCACUAAUGUCCUAAAGCUAGAAAGAGAGAUUCAUAAUGAGUAUUUCCAAGCUCCUCCACUCGGGCAGACUUUGACUUUUCAAGCGCACAAGAGCAAAGAUGUGGAAGUGGAGCCAUCGUGUCCGCCAACAGCAGAAAAGGAUGCUAAUCCAGACAAGCCUGAACCAACUCCUGAGCAAAAGGCCUGCACUGCAGAGUCUGAAAGAAGGGAUGCUGAGGUUUGUGACUUGGCUGAAAUCAAAAAAGACAAAGCUGCGGAAAUUCCGUUUGAGAAACCUGGUUCAAAUUCACCUGUCAGACAAGUACUGAACGCUCUCCAGACAGCGUCCAGAGGCAGCCUUUCAUUAUCUCGGCAGUCUCCGGACACAGCAGAUUCAGACGACUCUCCUUCUGCCCUGGAGAUGGAGGACAUUCCUGCAGGGACGCAUGUGACGUCUGAGGAUAUCAGGGCCAAGCCUUUUGCAGGCCUCGCCGCACCCCCUGUUUCCCGUGCGCAAAGAGAGAAAAUGGCAUCGGAGUUCCUCGUCCUGGAUCACCAUCUGGACACGGCCUGUAACACAAGUCCAGAGGGCACCGACCUGGGUCUUUCUGAAGAGGAGCCCGAGAUGGAGAAUGUGCUCACUGAACCAGACUCUGCAGAGGCGGGAGGAGACCCCAAACACGACGAAUCCUCAGAGGAACAAACCUAUUCUCAAGAAACAUUGGACAUGUAUUUGAUCAAUUUGCAUCGCAUUGACAAAGACGUCAGACGUUGUGACAGAGCAUACUGGUACUUCACUCCUGAGAACCUGGAGAAGCUGCGCAACAUCAUGUGCAGUUACGUGUGGAAGCAUCUGGAUACAGGUUACGUCCAGGGCAUGUGUGAUCUGCUGGCUCCCCUACUGGUUAUUCUGGACGACGAGGUCAUGGCGUUUAGCUGCUUCACUGAACUGAUGAAAAGGAUGAACCAGAAUUUUCCUCAUGGAGGUGCCAUGGACUCUCACUUUGCCAAUAUGCGUUCUCUUAUCCAGAUCCUGGACUCUGAGCUGUUUGAACUGAUGCAGCAGAAUGGAGACUACACUCACUUCUACUUCUGUUAUCGUUGGUUUCUACUGGACUUCAAAAGAGAAAUGGUGUAUGAUGAUGUGUACUCCGUGUGGGAAACAAUCUGGGCAGCCAAAUACACCUCCUCUGAGCACUUUGUGCUCUUCAUUGCUCUGGCACUUGUGGAGAUGUACAGAGACAUCAUCCUAGAAAAUAACAUGGACUUCACGGACAUCAUCAAGUUCUUUAAUGAAAUGGCAGAGCGACACAACGUCCCGCAGGUCCUGAUGAUGGCUCGAGACUUGGUCAACAAAGUGCAGACGCUCAUAGAAAACAAGUGAUGCCGCUCCCAUGUUUCUUUGUUAAAUUGUUUCAAGACACUGACACAACCACAUAAAUAGUCAUGUAUUCAAGAGGAAAGGAGUAAAUGUUAAUGAAAUGCAGUGAUUGGUAAGUACUGAAAAGACAAUUAUUCUAAGAUCGCUCCUCUCUAUAUUCAGGAGAUGCAAUUUAUUGCCAGUAAAUUUAUUUUGAAAGUGUUAUUGUUCACCUAGUGAAUGUACCCUUGUUGAAAAUGCUUCAGGAUGUUAUUUAUUUUGCCUUAAAUUGAUGCUAUUUUUUCAGGGAUACUGCAACCAAAUUCUUCACUGUAUUGUUCUCCUACAUGGUUGAUUUUGUUCAGUUGUACCUACCACACAUCUUGUGACGCACUUGGAAUAUAUUUUCAAUAUUAUUGUUAUUUUUUUGCUGAAAUUGUAGCUGCCAUAAUUAAACAUCUCGUGAUGCACUUGAAUAUAUUUUCAGUAAUAAUAUCUGGCAUUAUUAGAUGAUUUGGUUUUGUAAACAUUAGAGGAGGUUUUGUGCGUCCACGUAGCAUGUGUGGUUUGCUUCUCGAUAGCCAUUUUGAGGACCCCUUGCUGGCUUCUCCAAAGCUUGGUGGUCCUCUUCCUGUGUUUGCCUCUGACGCACACGAGUUUUUGCAGGAUGUCCGGACCGAACCUGUGAACUCUGCAGUCCGGCAUGAUUGCACAUAGUUUGCAUAAUAUACAGUACAGUAUCACCCUUUCCUCUGGUACCCAAGCUCUCAUACUUUGUGCUCCUCUAUGCAUUAAUUAGCUUUUUUAUUUCUGUGUAGACUGGUUUAAGUGAUUCAUGCAGACACUCACUACAUUCUUCUCACCUUAAAUAACACAAUGCUGCUCAGGCUGAAGAAUUCAGCUGUUGUUACAUAAAGACAGUACAGUGCUAACAGGUCCUACUUGCUUGCAGGAUUGCGAUAGCCGCCUGCGAUGGUUAAUUUUGAGCCGGUGGUAAACUCAAAGGAGUGUGCAGUGAAGGCAGCAUGCUUCAUCCGCACUCUUUUUCACUUUCACCUCAGUUUCAUGGUUUUCUGCCUCUGUCUUGCCAUGUCAAUCUUGAUUGCCUUGUCUUUAACGCGCUCUAGUUCAUUGAUUUUAUAUGCCCAAACCUUUGGCAACAAGUCUUACAAUAAUUGUUGAUAUUUCCUGUGCAUUAUUACCUUGAGAUCCUCAUGUUCAUACCUGUUGAAAAGGAGCUUGUAACCUCUCAUUUGAGGUUUAAGCCAGU